UGCACCCACUCAAUCGCAUACACACACUCUUAUGCAUCAAUGUGCAGUUGCGCUUUCUAAAAACAAAUUUGGGUUAAACUGGCGGCUACGUUGACAAAGUUUGGGUUGCAUGUGGGCAGUAUUACUUGCCCAGUAUUUGCCCACAGCUUACCGUUGUCUUCCAAGUGGUCAUUCGCCAUAAUUGGCAACAGCGCCAAUGUUAUUGUUACGGUAAUUAAUCAAGCCUUAAACUCACACACACAAGCUCUUGUUACGAACAGCUGUGCGUGGUACGGUAAAAAAUAAGAAGAAAAAAACUGGAUAUGCUAAUAUGGCAAGAAUCUCGCAUAAUUUGCAAACAUUAUAUAAAUCCAAUUUACUUCCGCCCAGCCAGCGAAAGUCAAUCAAGCGAUACGCAAAAACACUUUAAAUAUAACAAUUAUCGGAAUGGAGACGAGGAUCAAAAAUCGAUUGGGUGAUUUAAUGCGUACAAAAUGCGGUCAUGCUUAGCUUUUUUUUUAUGAUUUUUCGAACAAAAAUGGUAAUUAAAGCAGAAACAAUUUUUAAAAAAGGGCCUUAUAGUGUUAUUUACAAGUUAUUUAUAUUGCAGCACACUAUUUAUGCAUUUGUUAUAUGGUAUUUAUAUUUAGUAAAUUAUACAAAUAUUUCAGCAUUGCUACUUAGAUAAAUUUUGUUCAAACUGCGGUUUUAUCGUUGUCAUCGAUGAGGAAGUGAGGAAAAAAAGUUUAUAACUCUUUACGGUGCCGAACGCAUCUUGAUUUUUUUUUAGCAGCAACAGUGCUGCGAAAAUCCACUUGCUAAAAACGUCCUCUUGUCCCUUACCUACACUGGAAAAACGGUAAAUUCCUUGACGGCGUGCACUCAUUUACUGCGAAGUUUAUUUUGGCGAAAGUCUGCCUAUUACUUUUUAGUAAAGCCUUUGAGAUGCGAGUAGUGAAUAGUUCCAAGCCUAGUGCCACGGGCCGCCUGAGCGUUACUUUCAAGGCUCAAGCAAACAAGCAAAAAAAGCUAAAUGAACGUCUUCAUGAGGGUGUACAAAUGCUGCUUAAAAAUGAGAAGAGCAUGAGCUCCGUGCUGGACACGAUUUCGUCAACUGAACAGGAUCACCGCUUGGCUACCGUUACCGGCUGGUCUACGGUUAACAUUAGCAAUUGCGCCGGCAUCUCCAACUCAUCCAUCUUUCUAGCCCUCAAAUGGGUACUCUUGCCCCUUAAGGUGGACAUGUUCGACUUCAAGCGCAGUGGUCCUGAAGACAACAUGGCAAGAGGCCGGUUCCUGGUGGACAACUUGCUUACCGCGAAUCGUCUUAAACGUUUACAAGGAGAAGCCGCCGUUCUGGUCACGUGCCAGAAGUUCGAUGUUCGCGUCACACCGGGUCUGCCGCAAUCUGUGAUGAACGCCCAGAUAUCCGACGACCUUAAAACUGCCGUAGAUGCGGCAUUGAAAUCCCGCUACGAGCCGGCUACACACACCUUAGACCUCUCAAGAUUCCAUGCCAGUCCGGAGUUGACCAAGCAUUUCUGCCCGCUACAUGUAGACAAGCUUCUGAAGACUGUGCUCACCCAUUCAAGUCAGAUCUUUCCCCAAAUGACCGGCAUCAUACUGAGCAACAACUAUCUGUGCUCCCUAAAGGCCUUUUCAGGAAUCUUGGUUGAUCUUGUCAGUCUGGAGCGCUUGGACAUCAGCGCAAAUAAAAUCCAGGAUUUAGAAGAGCUCCGCUACCUGGAAAAGCUGGGUUUAAAGACCAUCUUUCUGGCAGGAAACGGAUUGGCAAAGCUAGAAACGGACAAAAUUCAUGAAGUACUGCCCCAGCUGCAGAACAUCCAUGGCUGUGUUCAGUCUGAGAACGAGAUUCAGGGCGUUGAUAAUCUUCCCAAGUUCCAAAGAAUCCAGAGCGGUUUUAUCAACGAAUCAAAGUUCUGUAAUGGCUUCAUUGGCUCAUACUUUGAUUGCUUUGACCAUCCCGAACAGCGCUCGCGUCUAAAGGACUACUAUGACGAUCAGGCUAUGUUUUCGCUUAGCUUGCCUGUGCACCUAAAUCAUGUGUACGCCUACAAGUUGUACAAUAGAAACCAGAAGCGACUCCAAUCCUCUUUUGCGCACAACGCCAAGCUACAAGUGGGCAGUGCUGCACUGCUUCUCGCCCUAAAACGCUUACCAUUAAUGCAGACCGACCAUCAGAGUGCUGGACUGGACAUCCAGGUGUUCACUGCGAAUUUGCGCAUCUUCACACUGACGGGGUGCUUUAAGGAACGCACCUCUGAAGGCUGGGAGCUAAGACAAUUCCAGCGCACCUUUGUGCUGCGCAUGCAAAAAAGUCCUGGCUGGCUUAUAACAAAUGAAAUGCUGUGCAUUACUUCCUUUGAAGUUCAACCAAAAGACGAAGUUAGAUUUGAAUUUAUUUCCAAUAAGUUGGUACAGAAAAAGGUUGAUCGUUCAUUCCUUAAAACAAAGACUGGAAAGAAAAUCCCUCAAGUGAAUACCCCUUUGAAAAUGGAAGUCGAUCCGCUUAGCAACGCUGUUCAAAACAUGAGCCUUUCCAGCUCCAAUAUGAAUCCACUUCCCAAGGAAAGUUUUGAUGAUAUGCCACCGCUGGUUCCGAUCUAUUCAUUAACCAAGGCUAAUGUCGAAGCCUUGGAAAAGGAGAUUGAGGAAACUAUGAUGUCAGAGGAGGACGCCUUUGAUUUGAUCAUUGACGAGGAUGUUCUAAUUGGAGACGUUUAUUAAUUAAAAAUUUAAUACACAUAUCUCAAAUAGAAAUAAGAAAGCAAACAUAAAAUAGGAUAAUACAAUAGAUUUAUAAGUCAAGUGGAAAACUCAAGAGCUUUAAUUUAUUGAAAAUUUCUUUUUGUUUA